GACCUGCCGACAGCAUCCCCUACGCCCUUGUGAAGCCUAUGGCACGAACUACUUUGGUUACAGAGAUCGAAUGGAGAUGCCGGCUUAUGCUGGUGGAACCCUAGUAGACUUCGAAGGGUCGGUGAUGUGGAAAAGCCCGAAAGUGAAAAGGUGAGAGUCGUGUUGCGGAUGUGAAUAUCUCGACACACUGGUUUCCGAGCAUCAGUCCAGAAUCUAUGAAAGAGGCUCUCGUCCGCCUUUUCACGACUUGCCACCCUAGAUAAGUGCCGUCUUGUGCACUUUUUUGACAAAAAGAACUCGCCUUGAAGUUGACCACACCCCAACAUGGCCCCAUCACGGCUGUUACCUGAGCUGGAAUUGAUUCGAGAACCGCCGACUUCCAGCCGGAAUUUCCGCCGAAAGGAGCUCACUGCCGACUUAUGUGUGUGCGGAGGUGGCCUUUCUGGUGUAUGCACUGCUGUCACAGCGGCGAGACAAGGACUUCGAGUUAUCCUACUCCAGGACAGGCCAGUGUUGGGAGGGAAUGGAUCAUCCGAAGUACGGCUAUGGAUUUUGGGAGCGACGUCGCAUAUGUUCAACAACAAUCGAUAUGCCCGAGAGGGUGGCCUUGUUGACGAGAUCUUAACCGAGAAUAUGUAUCGCAAUCCGGAGGGCAACCCUGUUAUCCUCGACAGUCUACUUCUGGACAAGGUUGUCUCGGAACCAAACAUCGAUCUAUUGCUCAAUACCACUCUGGUGGCCUGCGGAAAGGACGGGGACAGGAUUGAACGCGUCCGGGCUUUCUCCUCGCAGACUUCUCUUGAGUUUGACAUUGUGGCCUCUCUGUUCGCGGAUUGCACCGGAGAUGGCGCCCUUUCGUUCCUCGCCGGAGCCCCUUUCAGGAUUGGCGCAGAGUUGAAAGAAGAAUUUGGAGAAUUGUUUGCCCCUUCUUCCGAAUAUGGACACCUUCUUGGCCACUCGAUCUACUUCUACUCGAAGGACACCGGUCGACCUGUCAAAUACGUGGCUCCAUCAUAUGCUCUCGCGGAUGUUGAAAGUGAAAUUCCCAGGUACAAGACUUUCUCUGUCAAAGAAAUGGGCUGCCAGUUAUGGUGGAUCGAGUAUGGAGGACGACUCGACACAAUCCACGAUACGGAAAAGAUCAAAUGGGAACUGUGGCGAGUUGUAUAUGGAGUCUGGAACUACUUUAAGAACUCGGGUAAAUUCCCGCAAGCCGAAAACCUCACGCUGGAAUGGGUGGGAAUGAUCCCUGGCAAGAGAGAGUCUCGAAGGUUCAUGGGCCCUUACACCAUCAAGCAACAGGAUAUCAUCGAGCAACGCUACCACCCAGACGCGGUUUCAUAUGGGGGUUGGUCGAUUGACCUGCAUCCGGCCGAUGGAGUGUUCUCUGAAAUUGACGGUUGCACCCAGUGGCAUUCGAAGGGCGUCUAUCAAAUCCCUUUCUCCACAAUGGUUUGUUCUCAGAUUCCAAACCUUUUGUACGGUGGUAGGAUUAUUUCAGCGACCCAUGUCGCAUUCGGAUCGACUCGAGUCAUGGCAACCUCGGGGAACAAUGGGAAUGCCUUGGGAAUGGCUGCUGCUGUCUGCAAGAAACUCGGCGUGGAUCCAAUCGCACUGUUGCAAAAGGACAAGAUCCAGUUGCUCCAGCUCGAACUGAUGCGAUCUGGACAAUACAUUCCUGGCUACAAGCUGAAUGACCCGUUGGACUUGAUCAAAGGAGCCCGUGAGGUCACUGCGUCAACUGAAUUCAAGCUCAGCGAGCUUCCAGCAAAUGGACCACCAAAAGUCCUGACGAGGAGUUUGGCUCAAAUGUUACCUCUCUCAAAGGGAUCAGUUCCAGCCUUUGAAUUUACCGUCGAAGCGGUUGAAGACACGAAGCUCACGGUGGAGCUGCGUGGAUCUAGGAAGCCGUACAAUUACACACCCGAAGUCAUCCUUGGCCGAAAAACAGUUCACAUUCCAAGUGGCGAGAAUGCCAUUCAAGUGGAGUUCGACGUCGAAAAUCCGCAGGAUCAGUAUGUCUUUCUGUGCCUGAUAGAAAACGAGUCUGUCGCUGUUCGUACUUCACUAAGUCGGGUGUCCGGGAUGAUGACCGUCGAGCAUGAGUGCACCCAGAGUCCGCCAGACGGAAUUGGGAUUGACACUUUCGAGCGAUGGACUCCAGUCCGUCGCCCGAUGGGUCACAACAUCGCAUUGACUGUGACCCCUCCAGUCGAAGCAUGGGCAGCUGAAAAUGUGCGAAACGGUGUUUCCCGCCCUACCAAGAGAGCGAACUGUUGGGCUCCUCUGUGUCAGCAGGAAGGAGGCGAAGGGCAGAUGUUGAAAAUAUAUUGGGAUCAGCCAGUCAGAAUUGGCCGGCUGGUGGUAUGCUUUGAUACAGAUUUUGAUCAUGCUAUGGAAUCCGUUCUGAGAGGACAUCCCGAGAACAGCAUUCCUUUCUGCGUACGAUCCUGGCGGGUGGUCGACUUGACCAGUCUCGAUGCCAAGGGGCCGCCGCAUAUCCUUUAUGAAGAAGAUGACAAUCAUGUCACACGCCGCGAGAUUACUUUGGUAAAAGACAGGGAAAGUGCUGGCCCUCUGACGAGCGCGAUUGGGAUCGAAAUCCUUGCUCUGAAUGGGGGUGAGAACGUCAGGGGCGGCAUAUUUGAGGUCCGGGCGUACGAGAACUGAAUAUUCGCUGCAGCCAAAAUACUUUGACUCGCCUCGUAGGCGAGGAGAUGCUAAAGGGAUGUACCGCAGCUAGACAGAGGGAAUAACACAGAGUCAGAUAGUGGCUUUUUAGAAACUCAUU